CUUUACGUUCUUCAAACCUUUUGGUUUCUUUUUCGACUCAUUCACUGGCUCGUCCAGGCUACAGGAGAACGUCCAGCAAAACAUGUCGACGGCUCCUCCACAACCCCCAUCAGCACCAACGGCCAUCUCACGUCAAUACGAUCCUGAUAAAGAGAAACGUAGGUUCCUGAGCAAGCUCGGUUUAGCUCUGACCAAUACCUCGUCCCUGGAAGAGUUCGUCGUCGGUCGUACCAUCGGCGUUGGAUCUUUUGGCCGAGUACUACUCUAUCGUCACCGCAAAACGCAGCAUUUAUACGCGGCCAAGAUCAUGAACAAGGAAAAAAUGGUCCGCAUGAAUCAGGUGCUGCGAGUGAUCGAAGAAAAACGCGUAUUGCAAUCGGUCGCCUGUAAAUUCCUCGUAGAUUUACGAUUCUCGUUCAAGACCAACUCGAAUCUGUAUCUUUUAAUGCCUUUCAUCCCCGGAGGCGAACUAUUCACUCUUCUCAAGCAACGCAAACGUCUAGAUCAAAUCGAGGUGAAAUUCUACUCUGCCCAGGUCGCCCUCGCUUUCGAAUACCUGCACAGUAUCGACGUCCUGUAUCGCGACCUUAAACCCGAAAACAUCAUUUUGAAUUGCGACGGAUACGUCAAACUGGUCGAUAUGGGGUUCGCCAAAUACGCCCCACGGAAUACCACCUCGUUUAUAGGAACACCCGAAUACAUGGCCCCAGAAAUGCUCAUCAAAUCGCAACGCGAAAAAGGCUACAGCAACACGGUAGACUGGUGGUCAUUCGGAGUCUUGAUCUACGAACUCAGCGUCGGUACUCCGCCCUUCACCGGCGAUAAUCUAUUCCAGAUAUUCAAUCGUAUCAUCAAAAAGAAAUACACUCUUCCGUCCGGAUUUGAUGAUAUUUUCAAAGAUUUGCUAGACAAGAUAUUCCAGCCAGAUGUGACCAUUCGAUUAGGAUGCGGCAAAGAUGGCGCCGUUGAGCUCAAAAAGCAUCCUUGGUUUGCCGAAAUCAACUGGUCGGCUGUAUUCGAUAAGCAAAUUACGCCCAAAUUCAUUCCAACCUGCAAUCCUCAGAAAGAAGAUGGGAAUUUUCCGCGCUACGACGAAGAACCGGUUCAGGAAAAUGAACAAGACGAAUAUACCGAGCUUUUCAAUGAUUUUUGAAAGCGAUUAUUGUUGAUUUUUCAAAAAUGUUUUUCGAAUGGGAACAGCUACCUCGAUGUGAAUGGUUUAUGUGUGUGUGUUUGUUUUUUUAGGUGAAUUGUGACCUUUUUUUGCAUUUAUUUUAUUAGGGCUUUCGACGAUUAAAAACAUACCUAAUCGAGAUGGGAGAAUGCGAAA